UGGCAGUCGUCAGAUGCCAUAGUCGUAUACCUGUUCCAUUUUGUAGUGCUGGUCGUUUGCUAGGCUGCAACAGUUUCACCGUUCAAUCUACGAAGUGAUUUUAGUAGUUCGUCGCCCGUUUUGAAGUAUGUGUUGUACCUGUAAAAAUUUUAGUGCGAUAUUAAUAGGUAUCUAAUAUUAUUUACGCUUGCGUAUAGAAUAAAUAAUUAAUUCGUGUGUUCGUGUGAUAUUUGUUUUAUGAAGUGAUUAUUAUGAAAACUGCAAUGUUGUACUACAAACAUAUCAGAUUACAAUAAAUUCCUAUUAUAUUGCAAUGGGCAAUUGGAAUUGUAUGGAUGUGUGAUUGAUUACCCAGAUGUCUAGCGCCAAUCAGGCGAACGUCGAGAGAGAAGUAUGACGCACGCGGGCCGUUUGUCACCUGUAAUAUGCCCGCUAGCAAAGCUGGGACGGUCGUCUUCCGGUUCUCUGGAGUUUACACCCUCAGUUCGGAACGUACCGUUCCACCACCCGUACACGGUACUAGAAGCCGAGACUAGCUUCACGUACAGCCCGACGUUACGGUGCAGUUCACCGUGUUUGGACCAAGGUUACCACACGUUAGUGACCGGCGGCAGUGUCGGCGAUUGCGCCAAUCUGCCACUGCACUCCACAGCCACCAAGCACCGGCGGUCGCAGUCGCGGACGGUCAUCGGUUCGAACUUCGAUCGGCUCAGAGAUGAACUGGUGCUCAAGAUAUUCUCGUACCUCAAUAGCGCGGACCUUUGCGCGUGCGCGGCCGUGUGCCACAGAUGGGAGAACCUCGCAUGGGAGCCCGUCCUGUGGCGGACGAUCGCGCUGUGCGGCGAGAACACCUGCGGCGACAAGGCGGUCAGGUGCGUGUUGCGCCGGCUGUGUGGCCGCACCAGGACCGGCGCGUGUCCCGAGGUGCAGAGGCUGUUCCUAAGCGACGGCACCAAGAUUUCUGACAAGGGAUUGACGGCGUUGGCCAGGCGAUGUCCCGAGCUCACGCACGUCCAGCUCCACGGCAGUCCAAACAUCACCAACGCGGCCAUAUCCGAGUUGGUCGCCCGCUGUCCYAAUCUGCAGCACCUGGACGUCACCGGUUGUGUUAAGGUGAGCACCGUUGGAGUGUAUAGUCGUCCGGAGCCAUCACUGAGACUGUGCCUGCAGUAUUUGGACUUGACUGACUGCCAGCUUGUUGACGAUGCAAACCUAUGUGUGAUCGUUAGUAAUUGUCCACAACUAGCCUACUUGUACCUGCGGCGAUGCACUAAAGUCACAGAUGCCGGUAUCAAGUUCGUGCCGAGUUUCUGUUCAGCGCUGAAGGAGCUGAGCGUGUCGGACUGCCACCAAGUGACCGAUUUCGGGCUGUACGAGCUGGCCAAACUUGGAGCGCUGCUGCGGUAUCUUUCGGUGGCCAAGUGCGAUCAGGUGAGCGACGCGGGACUGAAGGUGGUCGCGCGCCGUUGUUACAAGCUGCGGUACCUGAACGUGCGCGGCUGCGAGGCGGUCAGCGACGACGCCAUCACGGUGCUAGCGCGGUCGUGCGCCCGGCUCCGCGCGCUCGACAUCGGCAAGUGCGACGUGAGUGACGCCGGCCUCCGGGCGCUGGCCGAGAGCUGUCCCAACCUGAAGAAGCUGAGCCUCCGCAACUGCGACCUGGUCACCGACCGCGGCAUACAGCUGAUCGCGUACUACUGUCGCGGGCUGCAGCAGCUCAACAUUCAAGACUGUCAGAUAUCCGCGGACGGAUACAAGGCCGUGAAGAAGUACUGCAAGCGGUGCAUCAUCGAGCACACCAAUCCCGGCUUCUUCUGAACGGCCUCGUCGUGGACUUUUGCAGGGUUGUGUGCACUUUGAUGCACAACCCUGCAAAAGUUACGCCGUUUAACGUAAGAGGCGGUACUCGAUUAUUUUCAAAAACUAUUAAUAAUUACUAUUAUAAAUUAUUAAUAAAACUAUUAAUAUUUUGAACGACUUAUGUAGAGGAAAAAACGUUAAUAGUUUUUAAGCAACGAGUGUCUUACUUUUAAUGGAUCACCUGGCAUACUUAAGGUCGUAUACAGAGAGGCCGAAUCGUUCAAUAAAAAUAUUAGAUCACGUGUGUGUCUCAUAAAUGUAUAGGAUAAAAUUAUAAUUAUAAAUUGUGAAAAAUAAGACGAAAAUCGGCGUGCCGUGUGCGACGACGGACACAAUAUAUUAUUUUAAUAAUAACGAUGUAUUUAAUAAAUAUUAUCGCAUAGGUCGAAAUUGCCUAAACUAUGCGCGACUCCUUGAAAAAAAUGAGGCCAUAUGUCAUUGCCAUUGCAUUACAAGAAAUUUACGUUUAAUUCGAAAUAAUUUGAGUUUUUGAGWCUUUUUGCUAUUAUAUUAUUCAUCGCAUUUGCGCCAACGAAUAUAAUGUUACUACGUUUGUUUCAUCGCCACGUUUAUAUUAUUUAGGUACCUAUCUAUGUAAGCGACAAACCUUAUUGCCACACACUGCCCGCAUGCUAUUAGGUAUAUUAGGUAUAUCGUAGAUAUUAUUAGAACAGUUAUCGAUAUAUUAUAUUUUAAACUUUCACGAUAGGCAGGUACCCAAAUGUCCCAAAUAAUAAGCAUACACUCAUCAAACAAGUUUGUAGGUUU